AUGAAUGCUAUAAAACAACGGUUUUCACCCGUAUGUUCAUGUGCUGUUAUCUGUUUUCAAGCUUCCGUGAUGGCUCUUGAUAGACGCGUCUCCCUAGUUUUCACACCGCUGUCAAAUCGAACUCUCUGUACACCUGAGGACCGCACAGUGAUUGUGCUUGUUGGCCUGCCGGCGCGGGGUAAAACAUAUAUGGCUCGAAAGCUUACACGCUACCUAAAUUGGAUCGGCAUCAAUACACGAGUUUUUAAUGUUGGUGACUAUCGUAGAAAGGCAACAUGUCUCAAAGGCCAUGACUUCUUUGCUGAUGGUAACAAGGAGGCAGCGAAAGCCCUGGAAGAUCUCACGGAAUGGCUGGAUGAUGACGGGGAAAUAGCUGUUUUCGACGCUACCAAUACUACCCGCAAGCGGCGUGACAUGAUACUUAAUCACUGUCGGCCGCAUAAUUUCAAGGUUAUUUUUGUGGAAUCAAUUUGUGACAACCAGGAUGUUGUUCAAGCAAGCAUUUUGGAGGUUAAGGUUAAUAGUCCUGACUACAUCGGUAUGGACAAGGAAUCUGCAAUGCAAGACUUCCUUAAAAGAAUCGAGCAUUAUGCUGCUCGAUAUGAGCCCCUUGAUGUUGAACGAGAUAAGGACGUCCCAUUCAUUAAAAUCAUCAAUCAAGGUCAGCGAUACCUGGUGAACCGAAUCGCAGGCAAUGUGCCCAGUCGGAUUGUCUAUUACCUGAUGAAUAUCAACGCUGCGAAACGCACAAUCUACCUAGUUCGAGUACGUGUCUCUCUGAUCGCGGAAAACUGGUCAUUUUCUCAAAAGUUGGGAAAGUUCAUGGAACACGAAGGUCUUUCAGAUUUGAAGGUCUGGACCAGCCACAUGCGCCGGACUGUUCAAACCGCCGAGUUCAUCAAGUGCUCACGUCUGGAGCACUGGAAGGCUCUGAAUGAACUCAGUGCUGGCGUGUGUGAAGGCAUGACUUAUGUUGAGAUUCAGGGAAAGUAUCCCACCGAAUUCGCUCGCAGAGAUGCUGAUAAGUUCCAUUAUCGCUAUCCAAUGGGCGAGUCAUAUGAAGAUCUAGUAGCAAGGCUGGAGCCCGUGAUAAUGGAACUGGAACGUCAAGGCAACGUACUUGUAAUAUGCCACCAGGCUGUUUCUCGAUGCCUGCUCGCUUACUUCACUGAAAUGGACAAAGCUGAACUACCCUACCUUCGUGUGCCACUUCACACUGUUUUCAAGUUAACCUCUUCCGCUUAUCGAUGUAUCGUCGAGACGGUGAAGUUGGAUGUCGAGGCAGUGGACACACAUCGCAGCAAACCAGCCGUAAGUACCUACUUCGCACUUUUUUUUCUUCUUAAGUUAUGA